UCUUGUCAAGUCCACACUUUAUGCGAUUUAUGCACCUUUAUGGAUGCUAUUCAGUGAAUUUUCAAACAGAAAAUGUUAUUUCCAACCCUUAUUUCAGAUCUGAGUGGACAGAGUGAAAUGGAAUGCUUAAAAAUUCCAAGAGAAGAAUUUUCAUCCAGUUGGUGGUGCCUCAGAUUAUGGUCAUACCAGCCCUUGCUGCUCAGUAACAGCAGUGGAACUCUGAGAGAAAAGAGGGAAGAAACGGGCCAAAACAGAAGAAGGAGGCAGAAUGGUCAAAUCUGAGGAUGAUGUAUAUUCCACUCAUGACCAGUACAGCUUCUGUCUCUUCUAACCAAAGUUAAAAUGCACUCACAUUUUUGGUAACCCUGUGUUAUUUUCAGCCCAUGUUUUAUCUUUCACAAAACAAAGUAAGCUUGAUCUGUUCUUUGCAGGCAAGAGAAGGAAAUGUAGCAAGCUUCUACAGUUCUGGAGCAGAACACUCUUGCAGUGGCCUUUGUGUGGUUCAACAGGUCUCAUUUGUUUCUACCCCUUGACAAGGCUAGUCCCCAUUUGUGAAGAAUUGCUGGAAAGUGUUCAUCAACACAAUUUUACAAGCCUCAAAGACUAUGGCUCAUCUGAAAUAACGUCUUAGCAGCUCUGAUCAUUUGCACAUUGGCAUAAACACUGAAAACAUUCUCUUUUUGCUCAGAAUAUGAUAGUGAGUUGAAGAUGGCUAGAUACCUGUUCUUCAUCUUUUGCACAGGUAAGCUGGGGAAACCGGUGCUGCGGUGUUCCUUUCUGCUCCAAGAGGUAACACAUCUCUUGGACCGGGUAAAGCAAAAGGCGGGACAAGGAAUUUCAGGCCCAAGACUGAAAAUUGCGUGUUACAAAAAAUCUCCUCUUGUGCAAAUCCCGGCAUGCAGCAAAAUCACGAAUUACAGAAAAACAAGACACACAGGGCUUGAGAUAAACAAAAUCAGCGCCUCCGUUUCAGUAAGUGCGGCUUUUGUCUUUUAUUGCACAUGCCGCGCCAGGGAACAAAAAAAACCAACCCGGGGGAGGCGAUCUCGGACAGAGCUGCCUUUGAUGCUUCCGACGUUAUCUUCGCGGAAAGGACGGGCAGAGCGAGGUGAUCUCGGAUGAGCCAGCAGCCGGCGGCCAAGCCACCUCCGAGCUGUGCCCCGGGUGCCCGGCGGGACCGAGCCGCCCCGAGGGCCGGGGUCCCCGCCGCGGCGGCCGGGGCCGGGGCGGGCGCGGCGCAUCCCGCCGGCGGGGCAGCAUGGCAGCUGCCGGGGGUGGGGCCAGCCGCCGGCCUGCCCGCUGCCCGGCGGGGGCGCGGUAUCCGCUGCGAUGAACGCUCCCCUCUCCCUACCUGCCUGCGCCGGAAAACGCGAGGAAAAAUAAAACACAGAUAUAUUAAUUAUUUCACUUUAUUUUAUUUUUUAAAGUAGGGCUGGCAGGAGAAGCGAGGCGAGAGGCCAGGUGCGUUGGGCUGCCCCUCCGCCGGCGGCGGGAGGUGCCUGCGGAGCUCGGCCGGGCGCCGCCGCCAUGGAGCACAUCCGGAUGCCCAAGGUGGAAAAUGUUCGGUUACUUGAUCGUUUAUCUUCAAGAAAAGCUGCACUGGGAACCUUGUAUUUAACAGCUACCCAUGUAAUCUUUGUGGAGAAUGGCUCUGAAACUCGUAAAGAAACCUGGGUUCUUCACAGCCAAAUUUCCUCUAUUGAGAAGCAGGCCACCACUGCCACUGGUUGCCCAUUACUGAUCCGCUGCAAGAACUUCCAGGUUAUCCAGCUGGUCAUCCCUCAGGAACGAGACUGCCAUGACAUUUACAUAUCUCUGAUACGUCUGGCACGACCAGUGAAAUACGAAGAGCUGUAUUGUUUCUCAUUCAAUCCAAAAUUAGAUAAAGAAGAACGAGAACAAGGCUGGAAGCUUAUUGAUCUCAAUGAAGAAUAUAAUCGGAUGGGUAUUCCAAACAACUAUUGGCAGAUUAGCGAUGUAAACAGAGACUAUGGAGUCUGCGACUCCUAUCCAACAGAAGUGUACGUACCAAAGUCUGCAACUGCACACAUCAUAGUGGGGAGCUCUAAAUUUCGGAGCCGAAGGCGUUUCCCAGCUCUUUCCUACUUCUGCAAAGAUAACAAUGCCUCCAUAUGCAGAAGCAGCCAGCCUUUGUCUGGCUUUAGCGCUCGAUGCCUUGAGGAUGAACAGAUGCUCCAGGCCAUUAGAAAAGCAAAUCCAGGAGGUGAUUUCAUAUAUGUUGUUGACACUCGGCCCAAACUCAACGCAAUAGCAAACAGAGCAGCAGGGAAAGGAUAUGAAAAUGAAGACAACUACUCGAACAUCAAGUUUCAGUUCAUAGGCAUUGAGAACAUCCACGUCAUGAGAAACAGUCUGCAGAAAAUGCUUGAAGUUUGUGAGCUGAAAUCACCUUCAAUGAGUGACUUUCUGUGGGGCCUAGAAAAUUCUGGCUGGCUGAAGCACAUCAAAGCCAUUAUGGAUGCUGGCAUUUUCAUUGCAAAGGCUGUGGCUGAGGAAGGUGUGAGUGUGCUUGUUCACUGCUCUGAUGGCUGGGAUAGAACAGCCCAGGUUUGCUCUGUAGCAAGCCUUCUUUUGGAUCCGUAUUACAGAACUGUGAAGGGAUUCAUGGUGUUGAUUGAAAAAGACUGGGUUUCCUUUGGUCACAAAUUUAACCACAGGUAUGGCAAUUUAGAUGGAGAUCCAAAGGAGAUAUCCCCUGUUAUUGACCAGUUCAUUGAGUGUGUUUGGCAAUUAAUGGAGCAGUUACCUUGUGCCUUUGAAUUCAACGAGAGAUUCCUCAUCCACAUACAGCAUCAUAUCUAUUCUUGCCAGUUUGGGAAUUUCCUGUGUAACAGCCAAAAGGAGAGAAGAGAGCUGAAAAUCCAAGAACGAACAUAUUCACUGUGGGCUCACUUGUGGAAGAACCGUGCCGAUUACCUGAAUCCUUUGUACAGAUCAGACCACAGUCAAACCCAAGGGACCCUGCACCCACAGAUGGCCCCAUGCAACUUCUUGUACAAGUUCUGGAGCGGUAUGUACAACCGCUUUGAAAAGGGGCUGCAUCCUCGACAGUCAGUUACUGAUUACCUGAUGGCAGUGAAGGAAGAAACUCAGCAGCUGGAAGAAGAGCUGGGGAUCUUACAAGAGAGGUUGGCGAAUCUUCAGAAAUCACAAUUAGACAAUGAUAAAGACAAGAGUAAGCAACAAGACCAAAGCAAACAGUUAGGGCUUUUUAAUUCCAGCAACAGCUUAGCUAACACUCCGCAGGAGUAUAGCAGCGACCUAAAAUCAUUCCCAUCGUGGAGCCCUUCGCAAGGGGAUGAAGAAGAUUCAGCCCUGAUUUUGACACAGGACAACCUGAAAAGCUCGGAUCCUGACCUCUCGGCUAACAGUGAUCAGGAGUCUGGCGUGGAGGACUUAAGUUGUAGGUCCCCAAGCGGGGGUGGCUGCUUGCCUAGUGAAGACAGUGGCAAGGAUUCAGAUGAGGCUGUGUUUCUGGCGGUCUGA